UCGCUCCAUGAGGCUGCUGCUGGCGCCUGUCCGCGCGGCACGACGCGGGGGGCGUGCCUCGCGCUGACUCAGCGGCGGCGUUAGCCGGCCCCUGCGCAGUUUUCCUUCCAAGGCCGCCGACCCCGCCCGCCGGCUUGCCAACCUGCCCGCCCCGCUCCGCGCCACGCAGGAGAAGGCGCCCGGGGACGCCGAGCGAGCGCCGAGAGGAACGCGGCCCGGGCGAGCUCCGGCGCUAGCGUGCGGCUCGUAGUGGAGGACUACAGCGACAAGGACGAGGGCCCGCUCGCCGUCCUCCCUGCGUGCGCCGCCGCUCCUUGCGGCUGGCCGGCCCUCGGGAGUGCCGGCGAGGAAGAGAUAUUGGAGUGAUGAUGAUUGUGAAUUCUUGUGUGGGAUUAGAAGCCACGUCGAUUGUGAUUGGAAAACUCCAGGAAUAACGGCAGACAUGGAUGAACAGGCUCUUUUAGGGCUAAAUCCAAAUGCUGAUUCCGACUUUAGACAGAGGGCCUUGGCUUAUUUUGAGCAGUUAAAGAUUUCCCCGGAUGCUUGGCAGGUGUGCGCAGAGGCUCUGGCACAGAAGACGCACAGUGAUGAUCACAUAAAGUUUUUCUGCUUCCAAGUAUUAGAACAUCAAGUUAAAUACAAGUACUCAGAACUCAGCACAGCUCAGCAGCAGCUGAUCAGGGAGACGCUCCUGUCAUGGCUUCAGGCUCAGAUGCUGAAUCCCCAACCAGAGAAGACCUUUAUAAGAAACAAAGCAGCCCAAGUCUUCGCCUUGCUUUUUGUUACAGAGUAUCUCACUAAAUGGCCCAAGUUUUUUUUUGACAUUCUGUCAGUAGUCGACCUAAACCCAAGGGGCGUGGAUCUGUACCUGCGCAUCCUCAUGGCCAUUGAUUCGGAGUUGGUGGACCGUGAUGUAGUUCAUACCUCAGAGGAGGCCCGCAGGAAUACUCUGAUAAAAGAUACCAUGAGAGAACAGUGCAUUCCAAAUCUGGUGGAGUCGUGGUACCAGAUUCUACACAAUUACCAGUAUACCAAUUCAGAAGUGCUGUGCCAGUGCCUUGAAGUAGUUGGGGCUUACGUCUCUUGGAUAGACUUAUCCCUCAUAGCCAAUGAUAGGUUUAUAAAUUUGCUGCUGAGUCACAUGUCGGUAGAAGUCCUGCGGGAGGAGGCGUGCGACUGCUUGUUUGAGAUGGUGAAUAAAGGGAUGGACCCCGUGGAGAAGAUGAAACUGGUAGAGUCCUUGUGUCAGGUGCUGCAGACUGCCGGGUUUUUCAGCAUUGACCAGGAAGAAGAUUUGGACUUCGUGGCCAGGUUUUCUAAGCUCGUAAAUGGAAUGGGACAGUCCUUGAUAGUUAGCUGGACUAAAUUAAUUAAGAACGGGGCUGUCAAGAGUGCUCAAGAGGCACUCGAAGCUAUCGAGACAAAAGUUCCACUUAUGUUACAGCUGCUAGUUCACGAGGAUGAUGAUAUCUCCUCCAACAUUAUUGGAUUUUGUUACGAUUAUCUGCAUAUUUUGAAACAGCUUUCAGUGCUCUCAGAUCAGCAAAAAGCUAAUAUAGAGGCAAUCAUGUUGGCCGUUAUGAAAAAAUUGACUUAUGAUGAAGAAUAUAACUUUGAAAAUGAAGGUGAAGAUGAAGCCAUGUUUGUAGAGUACAGGAAACAGCUGAAGUUGCUGUUGGACAGGCUCGCUCAGGUGUCCCCGGAGCUAGUGCUGGCUUCCGUUCGCAGAGUGCUGAGUGCCACACUGCAGAAUUGGCAGACCACACGCUUCAUGGAGGUUGAAGUGGCAGUAAGAUUGCUGUACAUGCUGGCGGAAGCUCUCCCAGUGUCACAUGGUGCUCACUUCUCAGGUGACGUUUCAAAAGCUAGUGCUUUGCAGGACAUGAUGCGAACGUUGGUGACAUCAGGUGUCAGCUCCUAUCAGCACACGUCCGUGACUCUGGAGUUCUUUGAAACUGUCGUUCGAUAUGAGAAGUUUUUCACUGUUGAACCUCAGCACAUUCCGUGUGUACUAAUGGCUUUCUUAGACCACAGGGGUCUGUGGCAUUCCAGUGCUAAAGUCCGGAGCAGAACUGCCUACCUGUUUUCUAGAUUUGUCAAGUCUCUCAAUAAACAAAUGAACCCUUUCAUUGAGGAUAUUUUGAAUAGAAUACAAGAUCUAUUAACCCUUUCUCCACCUGAGAAUGGUUACCAGCCCUUGCUGAGCAGUGACGACCAACUCUUCAUUUACGAAGCAGCCGGUGCACUGAUUGUUAGCAGUGACUACCCAGCAGAGAACAAGCGGGCCUUGAUGAAGGACCUCUUGACGCCGCUGAUGGAGAGGUUCAAGGUCCUCUUGGAAAAACUGAUGAUGGCGCAAGAUGAAGAGAGGCAAGCAUCUCUUGCAGAUAGUCUCAGCCAUGCAGUGGGAUUUGCCAGUCGAACCAGCAAGGCUUUCAGCAACAAGCAGACUGUGAAGCAGUGUGGCUGCUCCGAGGUUUACCUGGACUGUCUCCAGACGUUCUUGCCGGCCCUCAGCUGCCCUUUACAGAAGGACACUCUGAGGAGCGGGGUUCGCACUUUCCUUCAUCGCAUGAUCAUUUGCCUGGAGGAGGAGGUUCUUCCGUUCAUCCCGUCUGCCUCAGAACACAUGCUCAAAGACUGUGAAGCAAAAGACCUCCAGGAAUUCAUUCCACUCAUCAACCAGAUUACGGCCAAGUUCAAGAUUCAGGUGUCCCCAUUUUUACAGCAGAUGUUCAUGCCCCUGCUUCAUGCCAUUUUUGAAGUGCUGCUACGACCAGCAGAAGACAACGACCAGUCAGCUGCGCUGGAGAAGCAGAUGCUGAGGAGGAGUUACUUCGCCUUCCUGCAAACAGUCACUGGCAGCGGAAUGAGCGAAGUGAUCGCCAAUCAAGGUGCAGAGAAUGUAGAACGUGUGCUGGUUACUGUUAUCCAAGGAGCCGUUGAGUAUCCAGAUCCAAUUGCACAGAAGACAUGUUUUAUCAUUCUCUCAAAGCUGGUGGAGCUCUGGGGAGGCAAAGAUGGACCAGUGGGAUUUGCUGACUUUGUUUAUAAGCACAUUGUCCCUGCAUGUUUCCUGGCCCCUCUGAAGCAGACCUUUGACCUGGCUGAUGCGCAGACCGUGUUGGCGCUUUCUGAGUGUGCUGUGACUCUGAAAACAAUUCAUCUCAAACGGGGCCCUGAAUGUGUGCAGUACCUUCAACAAGAGUACCUGCCCUCCUUACAGGUCGCUCCAGAAAUAAUUCAGGAGUUCUGUCAAGCACUUCAGCAGCCUGAUGCUAAAGUUUUUAAAAAUUACCUAAAGGUGUUCUUCCAGAGAGCAAAGCCCUGAGGACUGGAUUUCCCUGUCCUGUGCCAUGGCCAGGAGUUCCAGCUCAUAAUUUAUAAAGAAGCAGUUUUGUGUGCCAUUCACAUUCGUCUUUUAACAUCGUUUUGAGCGUAUUGCUGUGAUGUGGGACUUUAUGUAAAUGGGUGUAAUUUUUCCCUAAAUGCAGGUAUGUGGCAAUUGCCUGCAUGCCAGUUUAAACUGUUUAUAAGACAUAGCUUUAUCCUAGUACCUUAACUUUUUCUUUAUAUGAAACUCUAAAGUUCUUUAUAAAAAAAACUAUAGCAGUGGGAAACUGACUCUAACAAUUGAAUGUAAAGUUGGAAAUGUUCAGUUUUAUGUGUGCAGACACAAACUAUGGGGUAACAAUCAAAACGUAAUUUUUUUCUGUAGAUAGCCAUUACAUUUCUUUAAACUGUCUCAGUGCCAGUGGGUGUUCUAUAAGAGAAUGGGUUCCUAAACUAGUUCACUUAAAAGUAGGUGCUGGUGUUACACAUUUUUUAUAAAAAAUAAAUUUUGCAUAGUGAAAUAUACCAAGUCUUUUCCAGAAUUAUUAUAAAUAGCCUCAUUUUCCCAGCAUAAUCACUCUGAUUUCCCACCUAAAGGUUUGCAGACAUGAAUGUGGAUGCCUUAUUUCAUUGACUGUAUCCUUAAAGGUCACUCGACGGGAGUCUGUUAAGUUAGUCUUUUAAAUGCACUAGAAACAGGCUCUGUGAAUCUAUGAUAGGAUUAUAAAUCCCAGUGUUUUUCUAUGAUAUUAGGUAUUCAUAGAGCAUAAUAAGUACACUUGGAUUUUUGUUUGUUUUUGCCUUGAGACAGGGUCUCGCUAUAUAGACCAGACUGGCUUCAAAUUCAGAGAUCGCCUGUCUCUGCCUCCUAGCUGCUGGGAUUAAAGGUGAGCGCCACCAGGUCUGACCACUUGUGUGCUUGAUUACUCCAAGUCCUGCUGUGUGCUGCGAGAGGAGGGGGCUGGGGCAGGGGCAGGACUGCAGUAGCCUAGCCGCAGACACUGAAGGCCCAGGCCGUCCUCAGAUGCAUCGUGAGUUUGAGGCCGACCUGGGCCAGAUGAGAACCUGCCUAAAAUUGUAGAGAGGGAGUUGUGAGUGUAUUUCUUAGUGGCAGAGUGCUCGCUUGAGGAUCUAGUACCACAGAACGGGGAGGAGAUAAAAAGAUUUCAGGAGGGAUUUGUGUGUUUUCUAUGGAUUUGUGACCAUAGAUUCCCUAAAAUCUUUUUAAAACGUGUGAGUGUGUGUGUGUCUGUGUGUGAUAUUCAGUGUGUGUUCAUCUGUAUGGGGUGGGUGGGGGUUGAUAAGAACCCUCUUUAUUGAGAGCAUCUUUAACUGAACCUGGAGCUGUUUAGCUAGGUUGGCUGGCCCAUGAGACACAGUCCUCAGCUCCCAGCGUUUAUGUGGGUGCUGGGGCAGGCCCUCAUUCUCGUUCAACCAUUUACCUGCUGAGCGCUUCCCCCCCCCCCCCCGAUUUUACUCUAAAUUGUGCACAGGAAUCUUUCUGAUUUAAGUCCACAAGAAAUAGCAUUUCCUACAUUAUAAAAUAACGGCAGUAAAAUUGACAGCUAGGAAUAGUCUUUUAUUAAAUGAUAAAAAUAGAUUAGUGAAGUGUAUAUAACACUUCAGGAAAUAAUGGGUUUUUAAAAAUGGGAAAGUGGGCCAGGUUUGGUGGCUUAUGCUUAUAAUCACAGCCUUUAGAGGAUGCUAGGGCCAGUCUGGGCUAGAGUGAGACUUGGUUUCAAAAACAACAACAAAACAAGACAAGCAAAACUGGGGUUUUCCUGUGCACUCUGAGAUGCAGUGGCAUCUGUCGCAACAGUGUGAUUGUGCAAGGUGUUGUAGUUAGGAGCCCUCAGAGUAGUGAAGAUUUGUGUACUGUGGACUCGGGACCCACGCACCACUCACCAGUAACUGAUUUUAGGACCUUGAUUGAACAAGUUAAAUGACUUAUUCCUGCCUUGGUUUCCCCCUCAGAAAUGGGGAAAAUAAUGGUAGCUACCUCAUAACUUGUUAAGAAUUCAAUGAGUUAAAACAUAGGUCUCAGUAUUAACUUGUAUUACUGUACUAUUGUACAUGGCUCUCUAAAGCCCUAAAAUAGAUUCACAUGUGUUUAGACUUAAGGAAUCAGAGUGUUUAAGUAAGGAACUUCAUGUCAAUUUAAUCAUGUGUAAGAAUGCUCAUCUUCAUUCCUUGAGGUUACCGCCAUGGUAGGAGACUGUUCCCGUCAUUUAUAAGUACCUUAUUUUUGAAAGCAAGCUAGUGAAUCUCAUUUGUUGCAGGUGAGAAAACAGGCGAAAGACAUGGGUUUUAUGGUGCCUGAUUUAUGGUCCUGUGCCUAACCAUUUGUUUCAGUCUCGAUGCUUGCUAAUGGGAUCACAGGUGGCUUGACUUUAAGAAAGUACUAUGUGGUAUUUUAGUGUGUAUCACUUAUGUGGUAAACAUGUGAAGUCCUUUGGCUUACUCAUAUUUCCUCCAUAAUUUUUGAGCUGUGGGUUUUUCUGUUGGCAGAAACUUGGAUGCCCAUGCUGUCAGAACUGAAAUAGGUUUUAAUUGUAAGCAGAAAGUGCAUUUGCUGUUAGAAUGAUUUCAUUACCUAAACUGUUUAAAAUUCUAAUAAAAUAACUUUGUUUUUAAGAA